AUGUCCGGCCAACGCGCAUCACUCCUUGCUCUCGCCGGCGAGCUUCGCAACCCCAUCUACCGUUACGUGCUAGUAAGCAACUCAAAGGUUCAGGUGACGGAUGAAUGGCCACCACAGGCGUCUUUGUUGAAGGUCAGCCGCACGAUACGUAAAGAGGCCAUGUCGAUCUUCCUAGGCGAGAACACUUUUGCUUUGGACACCCCUCCGUACUCCUCGGACGGACUUCUCAGGUGGACGAACUGGGCGAGGCGUAUGCACAGCAAAUACCAAGUACGCAUCACCGGAGUUGGAAGUUGUGAUACUGAUCCUGGACCGGAUAGUUGGCACAAUCUUCUAGUAUGGCUAAAACGCUUCCACGAACGCUCUGUCACGCACAUCCUCCAUGAGCCUAGUAAGAGGCUGGAGCAACGAGCGGACCAAAUGCUGGUGGGCUGUAUGUUUGCGAUGGUGAAGCGGAUGAGAGACAAGCCCUGGGCAAUCGUAAAGGCACUGCUAGAGGAACAGCACCAUGUGCUUGCUGCUAUUAACGCCGAGUGGGAGGCCGAAGCAAAAGGUUGA